GAUGAAGACAUGGAGGUGAGACGCCCCUCUGUCCCCUUACUGCUCCUGACGCUGAUCAGUUUCUUGGCAGGCAUCGUAAUUAGCCAAGCACCGACACCGCGCCGCCAGGUGAAUGGGAUUCUGGGAGGAUCGGUCGUGCUGUCUGUGGACCUAUCCCCCGGGAGAAAGGUGAACAAAAUCGAAUGGAGCUUUCAUGCUGGGUCAGGUGUGACGAUUCAGCUGGCUGAGAUCAGUGGGGGGAAGUUUGAGCGACCCGAUCCUAACGACAGAUUUAAGCAGAGACUAGAAAGGUACGACGAGACCUCACUGAGGAUCAGGGCUCUGGAGCUAAACGAUAGUGGAGUUUAUGAGGCCCGGAUUAAGAUAGUACCAGCAACUGUGGAGGAACAGACCUUUCUCCUCGCGGUCUAUGAGCCGGUGCCAGCGCCGGAGAUAAAGAGUCACUCGCUCUCCAGCACGGCAGCUGGGUGCAAUGUCACUCUGCAGUGUCAGGUGUCUGGCAGGGAAGAGGUUAACGUCUCCUGGAGUAGAGGGAACCCACCCCGAGACCUGGGCGAUUCCAAGCGGUACCAGCUCAGCCCGGAUGCCAGGACCCUCCGUCUGUCUCUGCAGCCCAACCUCUGGAACUCCACCUUCACCUGCACGGCCAGCAACCCCAUGGACCAGCAGAGCAUCUCUCUUGACCUGCAGAGCAUCUGCCAAAGCAGAGACACAGACACAGCCAUGUGGAUGGGGCCUCUUUGCGUUGGGCUGAUCGUCGUCACCGCAGCCUGUGUCGGGAUGUGGCUAUGGAAGAAAAGGAGGAAAAAGCCAGUCGGCCAAGCUGCUGUCCCCACGGUCCCAGAGGAGGAAUGUCUUUCAGAGCCCCACUAUGCUGAGAUCAAGAGGAGGAGCCCUCCGGAGGGGGACGACCAGGACCCUGGCUUCCCGAGCGAGAGAACACCCAUCACCACCAUCUAUGAUCAGAUCCGAGUGGUCCCAGCUGGCCCCUCUGAGCAGGUUACCUAGGCCAGGCGCGCCAAGAAAAGUGUGUGGCAAAGUCCUGCAACAUCCUUGGAGGAGGUGGAAAGUGUGUGUCUUCUUGUGGGUCGGGAUCGUAUGUCACCUCUCGAGGGGGCAGCUGUGGCAGAUGUAAGACCUUGGAGUUCGCAAGACUCUGCGGAAAAUGUGCCUUGGGACAAGGGGAGUGGAUUUCCUGGGGGAAUCCCAAGGGAGAGGUUCAUGCAAAUUCCCCCAACUCUGGUUCUGCAAACCCCUCCAGCCUUUCAAAGCUACGCCCUGUGGAGCGCCUCAUUGUCUGCUGCUAACAUGUGAUGUGAGGCCAAGAAGGAAACAGCUGAUCUGACCAAUCUCUGCUCUGGUUCCGAAUCUAAGACAGACGAACUUGUAACCAUGGGGGAAAACCCCAGUUGUGGGUUUUCAAGGACUGAACCUACCAGAGCCCGAGGUUGGGGCUGACGCUUUUGAGCGUGUGUCUAGGUUAGUCUAUUGUCUUCGUCUGUUUGCUCUGUAAUGCUUUUCCCUUAAGAAUAAAGGCGCUUGCCCAGCA